AACACUUUAAUCAGACCUCAUGCCCACGAAACCAGUGCACCUGGCCACAGUCAAACCCCAUUCUUUUCCUCCACUACCACCCACAGGCCCGCUAGCACCCGUCCUCCGGGAAGCCAAAGGUUCUGCUGUGGUCCCAACAUGCAAACGAUCACUGUCAGAAUGGCAGAGCCCCAGAUGGAGAGACCCGUGGAUAAGAAGCCUGCAGUCCUUAGACUCGAAGCAGAUGUUGAGGGUGUGCCUGACUCACCCUCGAGAUUGCAUAAGCAAGAUUUCAAAAGUAACCCUCCUCUGAAGACCUCAACCCAGGGUGCAGCGUUCCUGGCUGGAAAAGAAGAACUGCAUCUUUCUGAGUUUUUUUUCAGAUCUUUACCAUCACUUGCCCCGUAUCUCCGCCUUCUUUUUCUGCAGGAAACUUUAUUUCCUACUUCUGCACACCCAGUUUCUACCUCCAGAUCUGUGUGGUUCUGCUACUGAGAAGCCUGAUACACGAGUGCUGCCUGGAAGAAGCCUUCCUCCGAGCAGAGGAGAGCCUCCGCCGUCCACGUGCAUCAUGCCGGCCACAGCCCCGUCUGUGUUUACCAGGAACAGGAGCAGCGAGGAGGCCACCACCAGUUAUGACUACGAUUAUGGAGCCCCCUGUGAUAAACUAGAUGUGAAGCAGAUGGCGGCCCAGCUGCUGCCCCCGCUCUACUCGCUGGUGUUCAUCUUCGGCUUCGUGGGCAACAUGCUGGUCGUCCUCACCCUGGUGAACUGCAAGAAGCUCAAAAGCAUGACUGACGUCUACCUGCUCGGCCUGGCCAUCUCCGACCUGCUGUUAAUUUUCACACUCCCGUUCUGGGCUCACUACGCUGCCAGCGACUGGACCCUGGGGGACGCCAUGUGCAAGCUCUGCACGGCGCUCUACCACAUCGGGUAUUUUGGGGGGGUCCUGUUCAUCGUCCUCUUGACCAUCGAUAGGUACCUGGCUAUCGUCCACGCUGUGUUUGCUCUCAAGGCCAGGACGGUCACCUUUGGGGUGGUGACGAGUGGGGUGACCUGGGUGGUGGCUGUGUUGGCCUCUGUGCCAGGAAUCAUCUUCGUCAAAUUUAAAAGUGAUGACAGUCGUCACACCUGUGAGCCUCAUUUUCCACUGGGAUGGAAAAAUUUCCAUACAAUCAUGAGGAACAUCUUGAGCCUGGUCCUGCCGCUGCUGGUCAUGGUCGUCUGCUACUCGGGAAUCCUGAAGAUCCUGCUCCGCUGUCGGAACGAGAAGAGGAGGCACAAGGCGGUGCGGCUCAUCUUCACCAUCAUGGUCAUUUACUUCCUCUUCUGGACCCCCUACAACCUCGUCCUCCUCCUGACCACCUUCCAGGAGUUCUUCGGCCUCAACAGCUGUGAAAGAACCAGUCGACUGGACCAGGCCAUGCUGGUGACGGAGACCCUGGGGAUGACCCACUGCUGCGUCAACCCCGUCAUCUACGCCCUGGUCGGGGAGAAGUUCAGAAAAUAUCUCUCGGUGUUCUUCCGAAAGCACGUCGCCAAGCACCUCUGCAAGCAAUGCCCAGCUCUCUACAGGGACACAGCAGACCGGGCAAGCUCCACGUACACCCCUUCUACCGGGGAGCAAGAAGUCUGGUCUGGUCUGUAAAAUGACUCACACUUUGCUCACGCAUUUGAAAGGGAAAUGAAAACCUGUGUACAAUAACUAGCUUCAAGUUUUUGUGACAUAUGUGUCCAGGAGGCUCAGGGUGACAGGCAUCAGAACAGAUUUGCCACUUUCUGUAUAUCCAACGUGUGUUCAAGGACGACUCCAGAACGAUUGCAUGCAGGGACUCGGACUCCCCAGCAAGCUCAUCUCAGUCCUGGAAAGUGCCUCACAGCCUGUGCCAAGGCUCUCUCCGGUCUUCACCAUCUCUUCCCUCAGUCUUUGAUUCAACCAAUCUCUAGAAGCCAAGGCCCAGCUGGAGACAGAGGGGGUGGGGGACAGGACAGGCGUGGGGUGAACGGGGACGAGCAUAAGUGGGGUCAGGGCCGAGGCCACGAGGGAGGGACGUGAGCUCAGUGCACCUGCACAGAGGGAGUGGGCCAGGGACUGGCUCUCAGCCAGGAAGCGGUCCUGACCCUUAGCCCCAUCUCCUACCCGUCUUCAACUCGGAAAGCUUCUCCAGGCCACGGAGCGUCUGGGAAUUGUAAUGACUUCCGGGAGCUUCAGCUGGGCUGGGUAAGCCUCUAGGGCUCAAGUGCACGGCACAUUUUUGCUUUCUUACUGUCCCCCUCCGACCUCUCUCACCACUGUGCACCCCACUAGAGAGCUGCUAACUACCAAGCCCCACUACUCGUGUGCUCCUUAGGCCACGCCCUCAUAUACAAACUCAGAAAACGUGUGCGUGCUAGAUGUUCAUGACUUACGAUGAGCUAAAAUAAUGAUAGUCAAUUCCCUUUAUGUGUCUUUCCAGGGAAAAGGGGAGGUCGGAAGUAGUGAUUAGGAGUGAGGGGUGGAGAAUGGAGGGGUGGAGAAUGGCGAGUCCCUCCCUCAGGAGUGCAGGGGCUAUGGGGAGGCCCGGGAGGUGCAUGGCGCUGCUGCAGGAGUGUCCCCAGGCCAGCUCAGAGGACAGGCCAGGAGCGGUGCGGCAGAACCCAGUGACAGCCUCCCGUGAACAUGCAGGCUGGUUCCUCUCCCUGCUGCCCCUGCCAGCUCCCCUUACCCAGCCCAUGUCCCCGCAGCCUCGGCCACGUGACUCUACUGUAGGAUGCCCUUCUCCGCAAACCCAGUGGGGGGUCCGGGGGGUAGCCCUGGGGAGAACGUGGAGGGAGCUAUGCAAGGAGAGCCCCUUGGUGGCUGAGGGAGAGGACAACCAGGUGACCCUCGGCUUGUUUGGGACAGAAACGGCACCUGGAGACAGGUGACAGAGACCCCUGCUUUGGAAAUCCCACAGCCAGCCGGUGGACCACAGUGUCUAAAUUUCCAGGCAGAGUGGGCCUAGAUGAGGGAGACGCUGAACUGGAGAAAAUGUUCUUCCAACGACUUCGCAGUGCCUCCUCUUUGGAAACGGGGAUAGAAAUAAGACUUUUAUUAAAAGAGUAAAAAUAAAAGUAAAAUCGAAAGCUGCAAACUUGCAAAUAUGGCCAAGGACUAGUUCAAGGGCUGCUAUCAUGCCAAGCUUGAAAACACUGCAUUAUUCCAGACUAGCAGAUGGCAUAAUGGUUAGACUCCCACGUGGUUGACCGCGGUUCGAGUCCUGGACCCGGUGACUUAAAUUCAUGCUGGGU